CGCACGAACAGGCACGAACUUCCGCUAAAAUUUUUGAAGACCACACCGCAAGGUCAUUUGCACAACUUGUAAUGGCAUUUGGAGCAUCAGGAAAUCGUGGUGGAUUUGGUAGAGGAGGAGGACGCGGGGGAGGUGGUGGUGGACGUGGAGGAGUAGGAGGAGGUAGAGGAGGCGGUCGCGGCGGUGGUCGCGGUGGAGGUUUCCAAAGUCGUGGUGGGCGAGGUGGAGAUCGCGGCGGUCGAGGUGGAGGUGGUCGGGGUGGUGGUCGGGGCGGUGGUCGUGGUCGUGGAGGCCCCGGCGGUGGAGCCAGAGGCGGCGCGAAGGUUAUUCUCGAGCCUCAUAGACAUCCAGGUGUCUUUAUCGCCAAAGGGAAAGACCAUCUACUUGUCACGAAGAACCUUGUCCCAGGAGAAAGUGUUUAUGGUGAGAAGCGGAUAUCCAUUGAAGGUGGUGCCGAUGACACAAAAGUCGAGUAUCGCGUAUGGAAUCCUUUCCGGAGUAAGUUGGCAGCAGGUGUAUUGGGCGGUAUGGAUAAGAUUUUCAUUGAACCUGGAAAGAAGGUUCUAUACCUCGGUGCUGCUAGCGGCACGAGUGUAAGUCACGUAGCAGAUAUUGUUGGUCCCGAAGGAGUUGUUUAUGCUGUCGAAUUUUCGCCACGAUCAGGGCGUGAUUUGAUCAACAUGGCCAAAAAGCGAACAAACGUCAUUCCCAUCGUGGAGGACGCCCGUCUUCCUAACAGGUACCGCAUGCUGGUGUCAACUGUAGACGUUAUAUUCGCAGACGUUGCACAACCCGAUCAAGCACGUAUUGUUAUCCACAAUGCGCAGUUCUUCCUCAAAGAUGGUGGCCACGUGGUCAUCUCCAUCAAAGCUAGUUGUAUAGAUUCAACAGCAGCACCCUCCGCCGUUUUCGUGCAGGAAGUACAAAAACUACGAGAAAACAAGUUCAAGCCUAUUGAACAAAUUACCCUCGAGCCGUACGAGCGUGACCACGCUAUGGUUGCCGCUCAAUACCAACGACACGUAUAAAAUGUAUAUGCACUUGCUGCUUUGAAUCAUCUUGUUAAGUAGCGGGUAUCAUCGUUUUUCGUAAAAAGUAUUUGUGCUCAUACCAUCGAUACGAAUUUGUGUUUUUAUCUAAUUAUUGGAACCCUCUGUACCUGAACCAUCUGAACUACAAGCCUUUGUGAAUGUGAUCCGCGGCACGUCACAUCAACAGGCAGUGCUUCAAUUC